AUGGCUUUCAGAAUGGGAAUCGGAAGGGGAAAUGCAUCUUCUGGGAUGGGUGUUGCUGAGCACAGUGUAAGCACAUUCAAGGAAUUGCAGAGGAAGAAAGUGCACCGCUAUGUGAUUUUUAAAAUUGAUGAGAAGACGAAAGAGGUUGUGGUCGAAAAAACUGGUGGCCCUGCUGAGAGCUAUGAUGAUUUCACUGCAUCUUUGCCUGAAAAUGAUUGCAGAUACGCUGUUUUUGACUUUGAAUUUUAG